GGCACAUAAUGUUGUUUCCUUUCCAUUACAGAAAGAGAGCCAAUUAGCCAAAUUCCAAAAAGAAUCGAAACAGAAAGAGAAAACGGUCGCAAAGCUCAGAGUCCAAGGUCGCCGUUGCUUCAUUUCGCCGGGACCUCCCGAUGGCUUCUCCGAUCAGGCCCAGUGGCAUGCGUGGAGGAAAUAAUGAAUCAGAGUUCCGGAAUCACCAGCAACCUGUACUUGCAGUACCACCUCUUAAUAGUGUGCCAUACAUUGGCUCACCUGGGAUGGUUGUUGAUGAUACUCCAUUGCCAGCUGAAGAUGAUGCCCAACCUGUUGAAAAAGUUGGGCCAUCUAUGGUCUUUCUCCCACCAAGCACAACUCAAAAGGAACGGGAUAAUGUAUUGGCGUCUGCCAAAGGUGCAGUUGCCCUGUCUGGGAGUGCAGCUAUGGGAAUGGUGGGACCGGCUUUAGGAUUAAUGGACAUUGGGGAAUCUGAUGAUGCCUACCUCUUUAGAGUCUCCCUCCCUGGGGUAGCAAGAGAUGAAAAGGAAUUUAGUUGUGACAUCGAACCAGAUGGAACGAUACUAAUAAAGGGAGUGACGACCACUGGUGAGAAAACAGUGUGCAAGAAUUCCCAAAUCUUCAGGAUGCAAACACAAAACCUAUGUCCACCGGGUCAUUUCUCCAUCACAUUCCAGUUGCCCGGUCCGGUUAAUCACAAGCAGUUUAGAGGUCAUUUCGGGAAUGAUGGAAUGCUUGAGGGAAUUGUGAAGAAAAAGUGAGCAAACAGUGGCCCCCUUACUCUGUAUCUUUCAAGUUGUUAGCAAGGGCCAAUUUGAAUCACAGACAGAAAGGAUCACUUGAUCUCAGGUUUCCAUGAGAACAACUAAAAUAAAAAGGAGAGGUAACUUGUUGGAAUAGACACAUAAUGGCCUGAGACAUUUAUGGUAAGAGAAUAGAAAUGCCCUUCUUUUGACUUGGAUGAACAGGAGUAACAUCGUGCAGCAUUUGUGCUUGUGACUGUAAUACAAGAUGUAGCAAUGUUUUAAGUACUUCCAUUUUGUAGCAAUGUUUGAUCAUUUCCAUCAUGAAGCAUUUGUUUAUCCUCUCUUCCUCUCUUUGUUGAGAGUUAUAUGUUUUGUAAUACUAAGAGUUGCAUUGUCCCA